UGGUUGACAUGUUUAUUUCUUAUUGGUAGUUUUUCGUUAAAAAUGAGAACAAAAUGUACGUUAAUGCCUGAAACAGCAUAGGUUUUGUCAUGUGAUAAAGCACACAAAUACUAAUUCUAACUGAAAAAGAGACGGAUUUCGUUGGACAGAAAGAUGACCGAUAUGAAAAUUCUGCCGGCAGUUUUCUUUAUUCUUUUCUCGGUAGUGGCGGCAAUACCCGAGUAUCACCCAGUACGGGCGUUCGCAGAUAAUGAUGACGUAUAUGCUGAUGAAGAUAUUAUGCUUGACGAAGAAGAACAAUAUGCUGUUGUCACAGUUUCUAAGAUUACUGGAGAAGGAACUCCAACAAUAAAUCUUCAUGAUUUUGCAGAGGGAUAUAGUGCGAUCAAAGAUGUCACGAACAAAAGGUGUUACAUACAGAAAUCCAGACAUACAAUGGAGGGGAUGAAGGACGAACUUAUUGAGGCUCAAACAAACAAGGGAAGGUACAGAAUAACUCAAAGAUUUGACUGCACGAAUCAGGAACGUGUUCCAAUGCCAUUUUUGUCCCGUUAUGGCAAACGUAUAGCCUCUUUCUGUGAACACUAUGACUCACAGUUCUUCGAGCGAAAAGAUACAAGACUUACUAAAAGAGCAACUAAAGUGCUAUCGGAAGACGCAUUGUGGUGUUUCAUAUGCAUCGGAGAAAAUUGCCCACCGCUGAUUUAGGAUUUAGGUACAACUCGACAACACUUUUGCAUAGCUGACUUUGAUAAACAUAAUAUGUACACUCUGGAGAGUUUUUCUUUGAUAUACAUAUACGAUAUAUAUUACAGUGUGAGUCUCAAUAUUAAACGAAAGGGAAAAAUCAUAAUUCAAGAAUGGAUAAUUUAAAUGUUCAGCUGAAAUAUUCAUAAAAUAAAAGAUUAAAACAAGCAUCAA